UGGAAGGCAAUGAACAGAGAAAACAACCAACAGGUCGAACAGCAGUCGUUGGAAAGUCUUCUAAACUAACAGACACAUACGGUGCGAUACUUCGUUAUUAUAAUUUGUUUUAUUCCUCUCCUUUUUUUGCUUUUACUAAAAAUUAACGCUCGAAGAUACCAAUUAAUAUUUAUUCCGUCGUUUGUUCGUGACUUUUGAAAACAUGCUUCCAAGAAGACGAGUCGUCGAGCUGCUUCAAGUUAUUUCCUCGCAAUCGUAAUAUGAUUUAAAAAAAAAACAAAUAUUAUUUCGACGUCGUCAGAUGCAGAUGUCCAGCGCAUGGAAAUCCAGGAGGAAUUACGCCAAUAAUCGAACAUGGAAAAACUCGUAGCACUACAGCCAAUACGAAUCCUUCAAAGGAAUACGCGUUCGAGAUGGCGUGUUCGACCGUUCGUUAUGGCAUCGGAGUUACAAGAGAACUGGGUCAAGAUAUUCAGAAUUUAGACGCAAAGAAAAUAUGUUUGAUGACCGAUUCGAAUUUAGUCAAUCUUCAACCGGUUAAAACUGCAAUCGAUAGUUUGACUAAAUACGGGAUUGAAUUUGAAGUGUACGAUAAGGUUCGGGUUGAGCCUACGGAAGGGAGUCUUCAAAAUUCGAUAGAAUUUUCUAAGCGAGGAAAAUUUGACGCUUUCGUUGCGGUUGGAGGGGGGUCGGUAAUGGACACGUGCAAAGCUGCUAAUCUUUAUAGCAGUGAUCCUAAUGCCGACUUUUUAGAUUACGUUAAUGCGCCGAUAGGAAAAGGAAAACCAAUUUUAGUCAGUUUAAAACCACUUAUUGCAAUACCAACGACAACGGGUACAGGCUCAGAGACCACCGGUGUGUCCAUCUUCGAUUAUCGACCUCUCAAGGCCAAAACUGGAAUUGCAAACAGAGCUCUGAGACCUACCUUGGGUCUUAUCGAUCCAAAACAUACGUUGAGUUUACCGCAAAAAGUUUGCGCUUAUUCCGGCUUCGAUGUACUUUGUCAUGCUCUGGAAUCGUUUACAGCAAUACCGUAUACGGAAAGAACACCUUGUCCACCGAAUCCGAUUCUACGACCAGCAUAUCAAGGUAGCAAUCCUAUUAGCGAUGUAUGGGCCAGAUAUGCUCUGCAAGUAAUGCGCAAGUAUUUCGAGAGAGCAGUAUAUAAAGAAGAUGAUCUCGAAGCUAGAAGUAACAUGCAUUUAGCUAGUACCAUGGCUGGUGUUGGUUUUGGUAACGCUGGUGUCCACCUUUGUCAUGGUCUUUCAUAUUCUAUAAGCGGUAACGUUCGUAAUUUUCAACCCGAAGGAUAUACCAAAGAUCAUCCUAUAAUACCUCACGGUCUCUCAGUUGUUAUCUCGGCACCAGCCGUUUUUUCUUUCACCGGAAUUGCCUGUCCAGAAAGACAUUUAGAAGCUGCUGAAUUGUUAGGAACUGACGUUAAAGGUGCGAAACGAGCUGACGCUGGAGAAAUUUUAGCAGACACCGUUAGAAAAUAUAUGCGCGUAAUGAAAGUGGAAAAUGGUUUGACGGAACUUGGUUUCAAAAAAGAGGAUAUUAAUACUUUGGUUAAAGGAACUUUACCACAGCAUCGGAUAACAAAAUUGGCGCCACGUGAACAAUCGGAAGAGGAUCUAGCGAAAUUGUUUGAAAAUUCAUUUACAAUUUAUUAAACCAAGAUGCUCUAUCAAUAUUAUAUGCAUCAUACUUCUGUAAUUUUUAUACAUGUUUAUAAAUUGUCACGAAUAAAAAAGAAACUAUCUUUGCAGACGAUGGCAAUAGCUGUUUCUUUAUAUGUGAA